UGCCAAAACUUUGUCGUCUUCGUACGUCCACCCAAAAUUAUCUCCUUAUCUCCUGGCUCCGUGGAUCUUCUUCCUCCUCGCGCCACCCAUCCCGCUGCCUGCCGAGCGCCCGAGCCCCCUAGCUCGUCUUCCUCCUCGCUCGACCGAGCGCCUCCACCGCAGCCUUCGAUUCUCUCGCUCCCAUCACCCCACCAACGGAUUCCGCUCCCCGUUUCAUAAUCUUCCCCAAUUCGCAACUCCUCCGCCCGUGCUUCCUGUUCCUGGUGGAGCUAUAAUUCCAUUUCGUUUCCCAGCUGAUUUCUGGAUCCAUGCUCCACGUUAGGCCCGCCCCUGGGCCUGCGCCGUGUAAUUUGUCCAGGCUCAAUCUAUCAAGGACAUAUGCAAUUAAAUCUUCAGUUGGUGGCCGUACAGGAAUUUGUCUUGGACAAUGUUACCUCAUCAAGUCCGUAGCCUGCAAAUGCAAGCUGAGUUGGUCUUCCCAACCGCCACCUGACUCCAGGCAACAUUUUAGAGCAUGCUCAUCAGCAUCAGAGGCGCUUCUUACUUCACAGUCUGAUAUCAGAAAACUUUAUGUUGUCAAUGAAAAAAUCGGUGUUCUGUUGCUCAAUCUUGGAGGCCCAGAGACCCUUGAUGACGUGCAGCCUUUCUUGUUUAAUCUUUUUGCUGAUCCGGACAUCAUCCGUCUUCCUAGGGCGUUCCGCUUUCUGCAGAAACCGCUAGCACAAUUCAUAUCUGUUGCAAGAGCACCAAAGAGCAAGGAAGGUUAUGCAUCCAUAGGUGGUGGUUCACCUCUUCGACAAAUUACUGAUGCGCAGGGAGAAGCACUGAUGGAAGCAUUAUGUGAAAAAGAUAUUCCUGCCAAGGUGUACGUUGGAAUGCGGUAUUGGCAUCCCUUCACUGAGGAAGCUAUAGAACAAAUAAAACGGGAUGGAAUCACAAAACUUGUUGUUCUACCUCUUUACCCCCAGUUCUCCAUAUCAACUAGUGGUUCAAGUCUCCGUCUACUGGAGAGCAUAUUCAGGGAGGACGAGUAUCUGGUCAAUAUGCAACAUACAGUUAUACCUUCUUGGUAUCAACGUGAAGGAUAUAUAAAGGCUAUGGCAACUUUGGUUGAGAAGGAGCUGUUAAAUUUUCCAGACCCACAGAAGGUCAUGAUAUUUUUCAGUGCUCAUGGAGUUCCUCUGGCAUACGUUGAAGAAGCUGGUGAUCCAUAUAAAGCAGAGAUGGAAGAGUGUGUGGAUCUUAUCAUGGAGGAGCUCGAGAGAAGAGGAAUGGGAAAUCCAUGCACACUUGCUUACCAGAGCCGAGUAGGACCAGUGGAAUGGCUGAAACCCUACACGGACGAGACAAUUAUUGCGCUCGGGCAGAGAGGGGUAAAGAGUCUUCUAGCAGUUCCCAUUAGUUUUGUAAGUGAACACAUCGAGACAUUAGAAGAAAUUGAUGUGGAGUACAAGGAGCUGGCUUUAAAAUCUGGCAUCAAGCACUGGGGACGAGUUCCUGCUUUGGGUUGUGAACCCACAUUCAUUUCGGAUCUUGCGGAUGCUGUUAUAGAAAGCUUGCCUUAUGUUGGCGCAAUGGCAGUGUCCAACCUUGAGGCUCGGCAGUCGCUGGUGCCACUCGGGAGUGUGGAGGAGCUGCUAGCAGCCUACGACUCGAAACGCGACAUGCUGCCUCCUCCAGUGAUUGUGUGGGAGUGGGGCUGGACGAAGAGCGCGGAGACAUGGAACGGGCGGGCGGCUAUGCUGGCCGUGCUGGCUCUCCUGGUGCUGGAGGUAACAACCGGGCAUGGGUUGUUGCACCAGUGGGGUAUCUUGCCGCCGCUCCCUUGAGCUGUGCCAGUGAUGGUUGGAUUUCAGAUCCCCCCUUUGAGGCGAUCUGAUGAUAAUUUUGGUAUCAUUCUGCGUAAUGUCCUCUGAUGCUAUAUAUAAAUUGAUUUGCCUUGCGAGAAAGGACUGAAUUUGCUGGUGUAAAUAUGUAGACUGAAGAUAUACGGAUCGAGUAGUCACAAGUCAUAAGCACCUAUUUCCCCACCAUGGUACAGGUUCUGAUUGUUGGACCUUAGCAUUGUAGUACCUACUUGUUGCCCCAGAAUGGGCUGUGCAAUACAAAGUAGUCAUGAUACUGGACCGAAGAAGUUAUAAUUAAUUUUGAGUUUCCUUUUCA